UUGGUAAACAAACAUCGCUGCUGCGGUCCGACGUUCUGAGUUUUUGUCCGCCGUAAUUCAGAAGUUGUGCGUUUGCUUCGAAGGUAUUCAGCGUCCUAAUUAAAAUGGCUACACCCAUAGUCAAAUGUGGAUGGCUAUUGCGAUUAAGUACAGUGUUAAAACGCUGGAAAAAGAACUAUUUCGUGCUGUUAGCUGAUGGAAAUCUAUCGUAUUAUGAAGACGAAACAAAGCGUGAAAAACACGGAAAUGUUAAUCUCCUUUUCAAUGGUGCGAGCAUUAAAACAGCACUAGAAUGCGCUGUAGAACCCCCGGAAGGUCGGGUAUUCGGUUGCUUGAUGACUAUCGUGUGUUUGGACAAAGAAGAAAUCACGGUUUGCUCAGAGACCAAUGAUGAGUGUCUGGCGUGGAAGUUGAUGGUCGAACAACCCAUAGAGGCCAGAGCAAGGGGUUACCAACCAGGCAGACCCCAACAAGGAGCUGCAGUACCCCAAUAUGCACCUCAACAAAGAUACCCAUAUCCGGCUGGCCAGCAGCCUUACCCUGCUGCCACACAAGGAGCAGCACCGUACCCACAACAACAAGCGCCUGUUUAUUAUUACCCAAACCAUGGCCCAGUUCAAGUGCUUUAUACUACGCAAGGCAGGCCGUAUUACGUCCAUCCCCGCACUCAAGUUAUCCAUGUGAUUCGUGAUGAUGACCCCUACUAUUACAGAGGAUCUGGAAUGAUGUAUGGGGUAGCUGCUGGAGCUAUGCUUGGGGCAGCAAUGUGGACGCCAUUCCUUUUCUUCUAAAAUGUUAAAACUGUCAAUCAAACUUAAACAUUUCUUUACUCAUCACUGUCCAAUUUGAACUUGGAUAUCUCAGAUUUUUGUUUUAAAAUAUAGAGAUCUUCAGUGUGAUUUCUUGUCAUUCUGAUCUACUAGUCAGUCAAUCGCAAACCAACAGCAUUGGUAUUAAUUAAUUAGGGUAAUAUUAUUCUUUUAAUGCUUCCACAGUCAAAGUAAACCAGUUACUGUAUCUCCACCGAUUGGUUUGAUUUUGUAGCUAUUUCCUGACAGUGUUGAUUCGGUUAGUUUCAAGUUCACUGCCAUCUCUCUGUGGUGUAUAUGAACCUAUAUAUGUUAUGUAUCAGUGAACUACUCUAUCCUCGCUCUGGACACUUUAUAUCAAGAGCUCUAUAUCCUGCAUUGAGUAAACAUGUAAAAUACACACAUCUAAAAAAGGAUGAUGUAAACGGAUGAGAACUCAUGUUUCGCCAUAUGAUUAAGCUGUUUUACGAUUGGCUAUCUUCUCAACAAGAAUAAAUAUGCAAAUCUUGUUUUGGUCUAUUUUACCCCUAGAUACACUCAUUCAUUAUUCCAUAUUGUACAGAAUGAUCCGGGUCUCAUCUGUGCAUUAAAAAAUAUUUGUUAUUUUCUAUACAAGUUUAUUAAUGGAAGAGGUUCUAAAAUGUGAAAUUCAACGCAGUCUGGUGAUAUACUUCAUGUUUCAAUUUCUCUUGUUAUUUGUGUGCAAUGAAUUAAUUUUUGUAUAUAAUCUGAUUUUAAAUUGUCUUCUUUAAUCGUAGUGUAAAAUGCUGCUUUUAAAUUUUAAUAUUCAAUAAUUUUAUUGUAUUUUCUUCUUCAAUAACUGCUGGUGUUGAGCCAUUCACUAUAAAUAUAUUAAAAAUGAACUUA